GAAAGACAUUCAGGAGAAGGGAAUAGAGGCAGAAAGAGACAGGGAGACAAGGCAAAAGGGUGAGACCUAAGACAAAACUGGGAAAAGGAGGGAGAAAUAGAUGGCUGACUGGAGAAGAGACCCAUCUGGGCUUUAUGGCCAAUACACAGACCAGAUAACUGACUUUGCAGAGAAGGAAGCAGCAAAACUACUGAAUAAGAAACAGGUGCAAAAGAACAAUGGAAGACCCCUGAAAUGUGAGAGUCAAACAGAGAUCAAAGAAGAGCACUAUUCCAAAUGUCAAGACUGUGCUAGACGCAUCCAGAAGUAUGUUACCAAGAAACUUGGAGAGGACUGGAUUUUCUUGAUUCUGCUGGGUCUGGUCAUGGCACUGGUGAGCUGGGGAAUGGAUUAUGCCAGCGCAAAGAGCCUACAGGCCUACAAGUGGAUGUACAGAGAGCUGCACCCGAAUGUUGCUAUGCAGUAUUUGGCAUGGGUCACAUACCCACUUGUUCUCAUUCUGUUUGCGGCCAUUUUCUGCCACCUCGUCUCCCCACAGGCUGUUGGGUCUGGGAUUCCAGAGCUGAAGACAAUUAUGAGGGGAGUGGUCCUCAAGGAAUACCUCACUCUCAAAGCUUUUGUGGCCAAAGUUGUGGGCCUUACAGCUGGGCUUGGAAGUGGCAUGCCUGUGGGGAAAGAGGGUCCUUUUGUUCAUAUUGCCAGCAUCUGUGCUGCUGUACUCAGCAGGUUCAUGUCAAUUUUCUGUGGUGUGUAUGAGAAUGUGCACAGGCAGCUCGAUCUCCUGGUGGCGGCUUGCGCAGUUGGAGUUGGAUGUUGCUUCGGGGCUCCUCUUGGAGGGGUCCUUUUCAGCAUUGAGGUCACUUCCACUUACUUUGCUGUGCGCAAUUAUUGGAGAGGUUUCUUUGCAGCUACCUUUAGUGCCUUCAUUUUCCGAGUCCUUGCUGUCUGGAACAAGGAUGCAGUCACCAUCACAGCCCUGUUCAGAACUAACUUUCGCAUGGAUUUCCCCUUUGAUCUGCAAGAGCUGCCAGCAUUUGCUGUAAUAGGGAUAUGCUCUGGAUUCCUUGGAGCAUUUUUCGUUUAUCUCAAUCGCCAAGUGGUCCUAUGCAUCCGACGUCAUACAGCUCUAAGCCAGUUUCUCACCAAACACCGCCUCAUGUACCCAGGGGUUAUAACCUUCCUUAUAGCAACAGUGACAUUUCCUCCAGGGUUUGGGCAGUUCAUGGCAGGAGAGUUGAUGCCACGGGAAGCCAUCAGCUCUCUCUUUGAUAACUAUACCUGGGCAAAAUACACAGGGGACCCCCAGAUCCUAGGGAAAUCUGCUGCCUGGAUCCAUCCCAAAGUCAGUGUCUUCAUCAUCAUCCUCCUUUUCUUUCUUAUGAAGUUCUGGAUGUCUGUCAUUGCCACCACCAUGCCAAUCCCAUGUGGAGGUUUCAUGCCUGUUUUUGUUCUGGGUGCUGCAUUUGGCCGGCUUAUUGGGGAAAUCAUGGCAUCACUCUUUCCUAAUGGGAUUCUCUUUGAUGGUAUUGUUUACAGAAUCUUACCUGGAGGGUAUGCUGUCAUUGGCGCAGCAGCUCUGACAGGAGCAGUAAGCCACACUGUCUCCACUGCUGUAAUCUGCUUUGAGCUGACAGGUCAGAUCUCUCACAUCCUCCCCAUGAUGGUGGCUGUCAUUCUUGCCAACAUGGUGGCCCAGAGUUUGCAGCCCAGCCUCUAUGACAGCAUCAUCCAGGUGAAGAAAUUGCCCUACCUGCCAGACCUGGGCUGGAAUCACAUAAGCAAGUAUAAUAUCUUUGUCGAGGAUAUUAUGGUCCAAGAUGUGAAAUUCAUCUCCUCCAAAUGCAAAUACCGAGACUUGCAAACUCUACUCCAAAGCACCACUGUCAAGACUUUGCCUUUGGUGGACUCGCCAGAGUCCAUGAUCCUUCUGGGUUCCGUGGAGCGAUCAGAACUGCAGGCUCUCCUUCAGAGACAUAUCAGCCCAAAACGGCGACGACACCUCCACAGAGAGAUGCAGCAGAAGCUGGCUGAGGCACCCUACGAUGGGCACAGCAAGGGACCAUGGUUUGCCCUGCCCAAGAUGAAGCAUGAAUCUUUUGCUUAUGUUGAUGAGGAUGAGGAUGACAAUGAGAAGGCAGAGUUGCCUCAGCCCCCCAGUCCCACUGCUACUCACCCAGAGGAACCCAAUGGCCCGACGAGUCCUCUUAAACAAGUUCCAGAACCAUUGGGGCCACAGCAGCCUCCAGGUAAUUUCUGGAGUUUGAGACAACUGAUCGAGCAGCUCUUGUGCUAUUACAACCGUCCACCUGAAAUGGAGAGAACUGUCCAGGAGCUGGCAGAAGAUGUUGAUACAAUGAGUCCAGAAGAGAUAGAUGCUUGGGAACAGGAGGAGUUGGACAAGGAUGUAUGCUUUGACAGCUGCCGCAUAGAUCCUUCCCCUUUCCAACUGGUGGAGAGAACUUCCCUGCACAAGACACAUACGUUGUUCUCAUUACUGGGCCUCAGCCAUGCCUAUGUAACCAGUAUGGGGAAGCUGAGGGGAGUGUUGGCUUUGGAAGAGCUUCAGAAGGCAAUAGAGGGCUCCACACGCUCCGGUGUUCGCCUCCGCCCACCCCUUGCCAGUUUCCGUGAUACCAACCGAGCUUCAGUCAGCAGUGAGAAGGUCAGCCAGGCCACUCAGGCCUGGAACCAGCAGAACAACUGCAUGGUGGCAUCACAGCAAGCAGCAGACUUGGGGGCAGAGAGCCCAUUGCCUCCCUAUUCCCAUUCCCCCCAGCCCUCACACUUGUGUGAUGAGGGGGAAGGCCUGUGCUCCAUCUCUGCCACUGAUACUGACCUGGAAGAGAUGGAGCUGACAGGGCCAGUUGCUGAAAACAUCUCAGACAUCCUCAAGGACCUAAGCCUACGCUCCACUGACCUAGAUGAAGAUGAGGAUGAGGAUGUCCCCUUAUAGCUGGUGUGAGGGGAGCAGUCUAUUGCACUCUUCAGCUGAGCCAGCC